CCGGUGACGUCACGGUCGUUGUUUCCAAUGCCGGGCGCUGAGCCGGAGCAGGCCGCGGUUUACCCCCGGAUAUCUGUCCGCUUCUGAGGGUCAGGAGCUCCAGCGCUCCCCGCUCUAUCUCCUCUCACCGCAGAUUUGCCCUCUCCCACCCCCCUUGCCCCCCUUUCUCAGAAAGCAUGGCUCAGGAGACGAAUCAGACACAGGUGCCAAUGCUUUGCACAAUGGGAUGCGGUUUCUACGGUAACCCCCGUACCAAUGGCAUGUGCUCUGUCUGCUACAAGGAACACCUGCAAAGGCAGCAGGGAGGGGGGCGGAGCAGCCCCCCAGGAGAGAAAGCUGCUACUUCUCCAGCAGGGUCCCCAGGAGCCCCGACUGUAACUGUGGAGACCACCCCUGAGCCCACGUCAGAAGCAGUAACUCCGUCAGAGGAGCGCACAUCCAGUGGGUCUCCAAGUCCUGUCACUCAGCAGAUGACGGCGAUGAGCAUCUCCCAGGACACUGCAGCCACUGACUCGGACAGAGCCGACGGCGAGGAGGAAGACGAGGACGAAGGCUCGUCUAAAAGCUCAGGGCCAGUGGUAGAGGCAGCACAGGCUUCUUCAGAUGGGGAUCAGACUCCUGACAAGAACAAGAAGAAGAACCGAUGCUUCAUUUGCAGGAAAAAAGUCGGCCUCACGGGCUUCGACUGCCGCUGUGGCAACCUGUUCUGCGCCAUCCACCGCUACUCGGACAAACACGACUGCCCCUACGACUACAGAGGGGCGGCAGCUGCCCGCAUCCGCAAGGAGAACCCCAUCGUGGUGGCAGAGAAGAUCCAGAAGUUAUGAGGACUGAGAACGUCUGAGGGAACCAGCGACUAUAUGUUAACGACGACGACGACGGAAGAAGAAGAAAAACAAGACAACAUUUGUUUGACCUACGAAGUUUUUUCCGAACAAUGGCUGCACCUGAAUAAUAGCGUUCUAAAAAAACGGCUCAAUUUCCUCAUGGUGGGAUCAGGUGGGUCGACCCGCACCUGUCUGGCCGGUCCCUAACCCGGCGCCUCCCUGCCUCUCUCGCAGCGACUGAGGACGAGUGUGUGUGGGUGUGUGUGUGUGUUUUGAAAGAGCAUGUGUGUGUGUGUGUGUGUGUGCGCGUGUGUGUUUUUAAAGAGUGUGUGGUGUGUUUGAGUUGUAUAUUUUGGCUGAGAGUCAGGGAGGGCACUUUUGGGUUAGGUGGGCCGCUUGUGUGCUUUUACAGGAGGGAGGACUUUUAUUUUGUAGUUUUUAGCCUUGUAUUAAAUUCCCCCUUUUUUUUCCACAAUCUUUUUUUUUUUUUUUUUUGAGAACUGAUUUAGAUUCAGAGAUCAAAGUCAGAGAAAGGGGUACAGGCUGAUUUGUUUUGUUGGGGAGGGAGGGUGGUUGUACUAUUCUUAAUUAUUCCUAAUUUUAAUCCCUUAUAUGAAUUUUUGAUUUAAAAAAAAAAGAAAAGAAAA